AAAAAAGGAAGGUUAGUUGAGAUGUUGUGUGAAUGUUCUCAAUGUUCUUGCGAACAAAUUUUGGACAAAAGCCAUUCUGUACUUGCAUCCACCAGUCAGAUGUAUCCUAUAUGGACUAUAUCCACUGAACUUCACUCUGACUGGCGAACAAAGCAAUCUUAGUCUUCCUGUAUAACCAUACAACCAAAUGAUCUGGUCCAAACAACCAUGACCAAAAGCACCUUCUGUUCCAUUUAUGCAAAGCCAAUAGGAGCUCGAUAUCAUCUUUUUCGAAAUCACAGACAUGUACCACAGCACAUCUAUGGCUCCAGCACUCGUAACAGAUCAAUAACCAUACUCACAUCUCAUAUUAACAUACGCCACAGCACUUCUGCACAAAAGAUGCAUGAAGACACCAAGAAAAUGAUGAAGGAGUGAGAGAGAGAGACAAUCAAUAGGACAAACGCUUUCUGAAGAGACACUGAAGGAGAAAAGGACAAAUGCUCAGGAAAACCAAACACUAAUACGAAUUACUUCGACACUGACCAAUCAAAUUUUAGUUUGAUGCCCAUUUCCUUAGUAAUGCUUGCAUCAAGCUUGAGCCGAUUUUGAAGAUGACAGCAUGCUGGCCUGCAUCACAACACGCAAUGAGAUAAGACGCAUCCUAAACAUAGACAGAGAAUAGCUGGAGGGGGGCCUUUGUGUCCUCCUCAGUUCAGUGGUAAUGAACAGCACUAACAAUUAAUCACUAUGACGCCGCAGAGACACAUAAUCCCGCCACACCUUUAUCCUGUGAGUAUGUGAGAUGGUGUCCUACGGCACCAUUAUUUAAGUGAGGGUACAUGAUUAUGAGAGAUAAUCUAAAUGAAAGAAUAUGACAAACGCCAUCAGUAAACUCUAAUGGGGAUAAAGAAUCAAGGCUUGAUCUGCUCAUGAAGUUGCACUUGACAUCUAAGACAGAAACGACAAAUUCAUCCAUGAAGAUAUUUUGGAAACAAUUUGAGAUUCAUGUGUGUUCAAAGAACUUAUGUGAUUAGACAGUAUGUGAAGUAUUCCAAUCAAAACUAUGCACUUGAGCUGACAAUUAUCAAUGAUUUUUGUCCAAUUUCAUCAUAAACAUCAGCUAUUGUAGAAUGUGCAGUCAUGAAGAAAGUCAGAAAUGUUUAAUACUGUAUCUUCUUAUAGCAACUCAUUACACAUUUCCUCUAAAAGUAUUGGUGGUCAUUUGUAAUAUAUGGUCACUUUUCUUUCACCCUACCAUAUUCACUAAGUGGAGAGUAAACACUCUUGCUGUUACACUCCUGUGAACAAACUGAAAGUUUACAAAAAUACAAAUACAAUCUGAUGCACUUCGUGUUUCAGAGUAAAGCGCUGAACUGUCGUCAUUUACACACAAGCAGUUCAUGAUCCAAUGUUUUUAGUUGCUCGCCUCAUGUAAAAUGCUGCUCCACAAUCUCUGCAUGUCACUAAUGCACAUUUAGGAAAGAAAGCUAAGAUGUGUGUACAUUUGCAUAUUUUCCAACUUUGAGGACAGAUGUUUUCAGCAUUUAUGUAGAUCCGAAACGUGAAGUGUUUACAAACGUAUGGUCAACUAAACUCAAAAGACGCCUUGCAUUUUUCUGCUAAAAUAAAAGCUUGAGAGUUUAAAACAUGACAGUGAAGAAUUUGACAAAUGUAAGUAUUUUAAAUUGCAGUGUAAAAUAUACAUAUACAAUAAUAUUUCUCAUUAAAAUAGUAAUUGUAUUACUCUUAUUGCUGCUGUUAUAUUGAAACGGAGUUCCUAAAAACACCAGUGUAAAUGUGAUGUGGACUGAGACACUAUCACAAAUAAAAAGAGAUUUGAGCCCACUUUAACCAACAGACUUGGACCAAUUACAAAGUCAACGCAAAGAUUUUAUUAACUUUUUAAAAGCAACUAUUUCUAUUGACAGCAGUGCAUGGUCUGGAUGUCCCAGCGGCGGCAACAUAUAUAUUAAAAUACAAUAUUUUCAGGUGAGAUUAAAUUUCAAAGGGUUUCAGCUGACAAAAAAGCUCUGUUCUAAACUUUUUGUUUACUACAAGCACUUAAUAUGCAGACAAGACUAGAUACUCAUGCACGAUUACAGCAUCAGUGGGGUUGAUUAACACUUAAUUUCUAGCAAUUAUCGCCGAUUUGAUUGCACAGAUACUAUUUAAACUAAACUGAGCUAGACAAUGACAUCUCUGAAUUCAAUAAUGAAAUGUCUUUAACUGAAAAUUGAGAAAAUUGAGUGUUUAAUCUUUUCAUUAUACAUUACUGACACUCUAUCCUCCAAUUUGAUACUGUUAAGUGCUUUGACACAAUCUGUAUUGCUAAAAGCGCUAUAUAAAUAAAGAUGACUUGACUGUUGCUAAGCCACAUGAACUGGAGGGGAAAACACAUACAGUAGCAGGUACGAAAGUGGGCGGUUACGAGUAAAUCAAGUUCACAGGAAUCUACAAACACCGCUUAAUCUGACGAGUAUCCUCCCGUUUCACGUGACCAGCAUUUCACAUUGGUCAAGCGAGACCUUUUCAACGUAAUUACGUAUUAUAUGACCUCAUGAACAUGAAUCACAGAGCAAGGCGAGCAUUUGUGUUUAUAAAGCAUAUACAUGCUUUUUUUUUUUAAUGACCGAUCGUUUCGCUAGAUACCCUUAUUCAGCGUCUGGUAUCGUUUAUAACUCUUUGAAGCUGCACUGAAACUGUAAUUUUGACCUUCAACCGUUUGGAGUCCAUUGAACUUCACUAUAUGGAGAAAAAUCCUGGAAUGUUUUCAUCAAAAACCUUAAUUUCUUUUCGACUGAAGAAAGAUAUACAUAAACAUCUUGGAUGACAUAGGGGUGAGUAAAUUAUCAGGAAAUUUUAAUUUGAAAGUGAACUAAUCCUUUAAUAUUUAAACCAAGUUUUGGUUAAAUCUCACUGCUUUUAUCCUCACAUAUAAGUGGUCAAAUCAAAGAUGACCCUAUUAAUCUACGUUUCUGGUUGUCCACAAUAAACUUCAAGCAGAAUCGAAGAACAAGCGAAUCAACCAUCAUUUUAAACAAAAUCUGUUCAAAACAAAGGAGUUUGUUUCAGUGGUUCAAAACAGUGCAUACAGCGAAAACUCUGCACCAGUUGCUAAACACCUUUUGAUGGUCCCUGAAAAUUACGCAAUAGGUGGGAGUGCUCUGGGGCUCCACCUUCUAUGACAAAGAAAUAUUUUCAGGUUAAUUUGUUCACUCAGUUCAUCAAGGUCAGACAAGAAAAAAAAAAAAGGAACUUUUGCAAAGAGUCACAUCUCUAUGAUCCAUACAGCAAUGUGUCACCCACAGCUCUUGAUCCAUUACUAAUAAAUAAAGUCUUGCAUCCACUGAACAUUUUAUCUUGUUAAAUUUCUAGUUUGACUUAAGGUCAAAUGGGUUUCAUGUUUACUUUAACAAAAUUACAGCCUGACUUAUGAGAGGUUCUAUGAGACUGCAGAACUCUAUAUUAACUUAUGUGGUACAAAAUAUAAAUCUACAACGCAACAUUUGUCUAGUGUCAAGGGAGGACAGGGAUUUAUGUACUCUUAACCUAGAUACAUUUUUCUUAGGCCAAAUGUGUCACUUUAAAUAUGGAUGCUCCUGCCACUAAACACAGAUCCUCUCAGGACAGCAUGCUCAAACUCUAGGGUCAAGUUGAUUCAUGGCUUGACAACAAAUGACAUUGGUCAAAUGCUCCUCUGGCAACUGGAAAUGGCUAGUACACUGAAACUAAAAGCCCAGAACACACCAAGCCGACGGUCGGCUUUCUCAGUGUGUACCGCACCAUCGGCUUAUUUUUGGCCAAUUCGACAUGUUGAAUCGGUGUCGGAGCUCAACAGUCAGUCGGGCUAUCUGAUCAUUCUGAUUGGCUGUUCAGCUGGUGAACCAGUGCACGAGGCUACUGCCACCUGCUGGUACGGAAAGGCAUUUCUUAUGCAGGCGCAGAAUGGACAUGCUACUUGGCCUUCGAGCAUCGGCUUGGUGUGUCCGGCCACUUUGGACCCAGAUGCUGCCGACGUGAGGCGACCCCACUGUCUGCUUUCGUCGGCUUGGUGUGUUCCGGGCUAAAGAAAACCAAAUUUCAAAACCCACAGUGGAUACACUGGGAGCACACUAUGAGGCUACAGGAGAGUUUUAAGAUGAUGGAUUCAUGAAAAUGGAAGCUAACAGGAUUAAAUACUUAUUUUUUCCAUUUUCAUAAGUGUUGAGGAGUAGAACAUACAUUUAUACACACAUACAAAUAUGCUCACACAUGAAAGGAAUCAUACAGGAAAUUUUAAUGGUAGUCCAAUUCUGGAAAUUGAACAUUUUCUAGGUGGAAGUUAGGCAUGAAUAAAAGAAUAUAUCCAGACUGAUUAACAGCUAAAAUAUUAUAGUUCUUAACCCUAUGCAUGCAAAUUCUCACAAGCAAACAUGCUCGUCUUGUUUCUUGAAAGAUCUGCAAACUUGAUCUAUACUCCAAACGUCAUUUAUAAAUAUCUACAUUAAAAAGGCUGUGUUGUCUUACUUUAAGAAUGAAGAGAAAAAUGUCCGCCAUAGUGUGCUAUGGCAUCCCACCCUUAAACUGUCAAAUGACUUGCUCUAGGUAUCACGUAACCACUGCAAUGCAUUCAAAGGCAGCAUUUUACAACCAAUAGACUGAGACACUCAACUUAACCUUACCGAGAACCAAACUGUUAUUACACAAUCAUGUUGAAGAACAGGACAGCCCACAGGUUAAAAAAAAAAAAUCAUGUAAUGAUCACUAACAAAAAGUAAUUGUAACACCCAGUUCAUGGGAUUCACGAUUCCCUUUUUUGGCUUCCUGUACCAUUUUAGAAAUCUAUCUGCUUGAUUUUCAAAUGUUUUUUCUAAUGUUAGUUCCAUAAUUAAAACAAUCUGAAUAGGCUACUGUUAUUCAAAUACACUAUGUUAAUCUAAAUAUUCAGUCAUCUUAAAUAUGUCUGUUCCUACAAUUUUGCUUGGCACUACCACCGACUCCAUGCUGGGAGGAGAAACAAAUGGCUUUAAUUACUUUACCACUGUCGUAACUGACACAGGAUCAGCUCCACAGCCCAAAUCAAAUCUUCAAGAAAACUAAAACUGGCCCUGAGGCCUGCUGAGAGACAGAAUUUAAAAAAACAAGAGCAAUCAUUUAAUACAGGAAAAACUGUAGUGUCAUUCAAAGAGUCCAAAAUGAAUAAAUACUUUGACUCCUCAAAUAGACCUUUUCUAUUUAUCCAUCAGGAACUGAUUGGAUCAUGAAAAUUGGUCUCUAUGACAUGUGAUUAGAUUAGAGGGUUUGAAAAUAAGAGUCAAAGAGGAACUCCGUUUCAGAGGUGCAGCAAGUCAUCAUAUUCUGAUGAAAGACUAAAAAAAAAAAAAAAAAUGUCUUCGAAUAAUGUGCUCUGAUAAAUCUGUUUCCUUACACAAAAUCAGGAAAUGUAUUGAGGAAAUAGAGCCAAUUUUGAUUUCAUGUUGACUUCACUAGAAACUCCUUUGCCAAUUAUCAAAAAUACAACAAUCUAUUUAAAAAAAAGGUGAUUGCUUAGAUUGUGUUGCUUUUAUUUAAGUCAGCUGGAAGACCAUUAACUCACUCAGGUAGAACUACCACUUCAUCUUCACACUGAACGGCUUAAGUUUUUCCACAUCCACCAAAUCUAAGUGCUAGACUCCUAAAACACAGAAUCUGAAUAAUGUGGAAAAACAGCUUCACCUGCUCAAGUCAUAUAUUCUGGCUGUCAAGAAACUUAACUGCCAAACCAAGAUGGUCAAUUUCCUGUUUAACCCCCAUCUCCAACACACCUGUCCCUCACUGGACCCAUCUUGUCAGCAUGAAGGUUAUAUGGAGGUGGUGGAAGAUUUCAGUUCGGUCUGAAUUCAGAGGAGCACCACCUGGAGAAAUAAAACAGUUCCACCAUGACUUUUUGAAUGAUGCAAGGUUGCAGGAGCAGCUAGCUGCAGUGUUUGGCACCAGGAUUCUGGACUACACUUUGGCUCUGUGUCGAGGGCAUGUUGACUACCUGGAACGUUUACCUGACAAGCUGCUCCUUAAAAUCCUUUCCUACAUAUCCUUACAGGACAUUGGCCACCUCAGCCAAACCUCAAGCAGGUUUAGGAAGCUGUGUAACUCGGAGGAGAUCUGGAGGCAGGCUGUGAUGAGUCAUUGUGAUAUGAUAACUGAAGACAUUGAGAUGCUGGCGAAUGUCAUGGGAUGGAAGAACAUCUUCUUUAAGUUUUUCUAUAAUAAAGAACAUGACAGCAUGGCCUAUCCUGCAGAGGAAGAAGACAAAGCCAAUACUGAAUCUCCAUGAGCUAUUAAAACAACUCUCAGUGAGUCAAAAAGACAAUCAUAUGAUCUUAAAAUGUUCAUUAGUCUAUUUCUGUCUUUUCAUGCUUGCAGAUAAAAAACAAGUUUUUGAAUAAUUCUAAUUCAGACCAGUUGUGCUGUGCUAUGACCGCCAAAGUAUUAAAUAUCCAAGUGUUAAUUUGAUAUUUUUAAUGUAUGUAAUCCAUAAUUAUUCAUGUAACUGGCAAGUAUUACGUAUAUUCACUAUUUCUGUCACCCAAAACCGCUAUGUUUUGUCGCACUCUAACCGCACGUCUGCCCUCUAAUGGUGACUGUUCGGCUCUUUUCAUUAACUGCAAUGUAGAAAGUGACAAGCAGAUGGCGCAAGUUAAUAAAGUGAGUGAAUGUGCAAAACCAAUGAAACGAGCUUUAACUCUAGAGAUGGUUGAAAUAAAGUGCACAGUAAACAUUAAAUCACUCAAUAACAUGAGCCUUACUUUUUAAGUGUAAGUGAUUUUGAAAUGAGAAGUCAGAGUAUUUUUUAGAUUAUCUAUUUAAGGAAAAAUGCCUCGUUUAGUUUAAAAACAUACAAAGGAAGUCAAUUUCUGUAUAGACACACAUUGCUAAAUAAAUGUAAAAAAUUGUUCACUGAACUCACAUUAAUCCAUUGUUGUCACUCCAUAAGGGAUAAGCUGUCACAAUCUGGUGUUUAAUGACAUUGACUUGAGAAGAAUUUAACUAGGUAAAAAGGAAGUUCCACAACAUUUUUUUUUAUUGAAAUAUAUUAUUGGAUAUU